UGUUCGCUGUCGGCCGUGGUCCUGUCCACCAAGCGAGGUUUAUCGGCAGUUCUUCUGAACCCUCGGUGGUUUUUUAAGGUCGUGUGUGCUUCAGUAGACACAAACUUCGACUCAUCUUGCGUAACCUCGCCUUCUACCGUCAUGGCCAUGACGGCUGCGCCCGCCUUCCAUACCGCCCGCCCUGCGUCUUCCUUCACCAUCGCCUCAACAUCUACCGCUGUCUCCGUCUCUUUUCCUCAAUUUCUUUCAGGAGUGUCGGUUGCACGGGCGAGGCAUUUGUCUGCUGCUACGCGUGUUGCCACCUCGUCUUCUAAUGCCGGUGUGCCAGGUUUUGAGGAUGACGUAUACGGGAUGUUCACCUUGGAUGAAGAUGUAUUUGAGAAGCCCUCUCCAGCGUCAACAUUGUCGGAAGUUGACCCUAUAACAAAUGAUGAUGGAGCUAAUUCUUUAGGAUUAGUUCCACAAGAGUGGAGAUCAGUUAAGGAAGAGCUGGCUAAGACAAAGAAGCAGAAGAAGCGGGAGUUGCUCGAUUCUCUUGAAAGAAAGGCUAAAGAAAGGGAGCAACGAGAGCGGAUGCUUCUUAGGAAGCAAAUAGCUGGUAGAGAGGAGUACAAUGAGAAGUUCUUUCCUCGGACUUUCCCGGAGAGUGUGACUACCGAAGUCUCUGAUGAUGAGGAUGGUUACUUGUUUCCGAAUUCCGAAUUCAAUGAAGUCACUGAUGCUGUGCCUGUGAAGCGGGCGACACCUAAGAAUCCUCGCUUGGUUCUUGGUAAUGCAACUUUCGAAGACAUGGCCAGGAUGCUAUCAGCCGGGAAGUUUGAUGAGCGAGAGCCACCAGCAGAAGCAUCCAAAAAAUCAAAUGAUGUAGAGAACAUGGAGGUGUCUGGCUCGAAACUUCUUACAACAGAGGAGAAGGCUAUGCUUAAAAUAAAUGAAGUUGAUUUUACUAAAGUUACUUCUAGGAAAUGGGAUCCAUUGCACACAUUUGCUAUAUCAGGUCAAAUCAACCAGUUGGACCUGCUCUUGAGGCGAGGCAGUAGUAUCAAUACGCAAGACAUGGACGGAUGGACGGCGCUGCACUGGGCUGCAAUUUGCAGUGGCUCACGAGAUGCCAUAUUUCGGUAUAUAUUGAAAUCUGCUGCUCAUACAACUGUUACAGACAAGGAUGGUGCCACUGUAUUGCAUUUUGCAGCACGUAAUGCCAACUCGUUCGCAAUCAAGGCCAUGCUUCGUCACGAUGCUGAUAUAAAUGCUUGCGACUCUGAAGGGUGGACUCCGCUUCAUGUAGCUGUACAGAGUGGACGCACAGAUAUAGUUAACCUCCUCAUUGCUCGAGGUGCUGAUACUACUAUUCAAAACAGGGAUGGAAAUACUCCUCUAGAUUUGGCACUAUCAUUUGGUCAUGAGUUCAGAUUCUAUGAAGUUUUCAAAUUACUGAAAAACGGCACGAAGGGGACGGCGUUUAAACUCUCGAUCAACGGGCCCGUUGAGCUGCCACGAUUAGCAGAACCAAGUCUAGAAGGCAUCAGUGUUGAAAAUCAGGAGGCAUUUAAAUUAAUGAACGAGGAGGAAAGGCGUCGUUUCAACAGUAACAUACUUGACUUCUCCGUAAUCACCUCUAAAAAGUGGCAUCCGCUACAUACAUUUGCGGCAUCAGGCCAGAUCAACCAUGUGGACUUGCUGUUAAGGCGUGGUGUUGAUGUAAAUACCAGAGACACGAACGGAUUCACGGAGCUUCACUGGGCUAUCAUUUGCGGCCGGGAUAGAAUAAUUCGUUAUUUGCUAAAAUCUGGUGCUGACGUCAAAGCUAUUGAUAAGGAUGGGGCUAGUGUUUUGCAUUAUGCAACACGGAGUGGCAACAUUUUUGCUGUGAAAGCCGUGCUGCGUCAAAAUGCCAGCAUCAACGCAUGUGAUAGCGAAGGAUGGACGCCUCUUCACAUAGCUGUACAGAGUGGACGGUUAGACAUAAUCAAACUUCUUCUCACUAGGGGUGCUGACACAAGUAUACAAAAUAAGGCUGGAAACACUCCACUUGACAUAGCACUGUCCUUCGGUAAAGGAUUUCUUUACUAUCAUGUCGUCAAAUUGAUCAAGAAGGCAUGCAGAGACGAGCAAAGGAUUAGCGACCUCAGCUAGCAUUUUAAAAGGCUCUUUGAUGCAAGUUAUUUUAAAAGGCGGAGUUCUUUACAAGGUUGAUAUUACAAGUUUAUAUAUUCAUUUGUUUCAUCAGUUCUGUGAAAUUUUGAAACUAUUGUAUUAAUGAUGAACAGACUCAUGAAUUUCUUUUCUUAAA